AUGUCAACCACCAAAGAAACCGAGGCCGCCGCGCCAGAGUCCGUCCCCGAAUACGUUACCAAGUGUCGUCUUUCCAUUCCGGAUGCCGUGCGAAUCCCCCUUGCGUCGAGCACUGCUCUGCUCAUUGGCUUCACACUUGGAAUAAGCCAGGGCAUCAAGACAUCCGGUAUGCGCUUUCGCGCCGAACACGCCCAUAAGCUGCCGACCACCAAGAUGGGAUGGUACUUUUACCACAAGAGCAAGAACUACAACUCAAUCUGGGGCGGCGCCAAGGAGGGUGCCAGGAUGGGAGCCAAGAUUUGCUUCUGGACAACAGCCAUGUUUGGCAUCGAGCACAUGUUUGACGCCUAUCGCGGGACGGCCGACAUCUUCAACACUGUAACCGCCUGUGUGACUGUUGCGGGAGCCUUCAGUCUAUGGAAUCGAUUCUCUUUGCCCAUGGCGGCUCGAACAACCAAAACUGCCCUGGUCGUAGGUCUCGCAUACGGAGGCUUGCAGGAUGUAGCUGGCAUCGCAAGAGGUCGACCCAUCGGAUAUGUCGAAUUCCUCAAGCGCCGCGUUGGCGGCUUUAAGAAUACCGCGGACGAAAACCAGAAGGAGCGGGUGAUUUAA